AUGUCCGACGAGGAGGAUGCGGCUGACCCUACCAGAACUUCUUCGCGUAGGGACCGUUUCAAGGGCGCUGUGGCCCGCACCAGGACCAAGCUCACCAAGAAGAACAAGGAGACUGCGACCACCGUCGAUGACUUUCUUGCCAGCGGAGCCGCCUCGACCUCGACCGGACGUCCUUCGGUUUCCGACUCCUUCUCAUUCGUGUCUGACCGCCCUUCCACUUCGCAGUCACACCAUGAUGAGAGUCACGAGAUCCUGCGACCCACCACCGACCCUGUUCCCCCACCUCAGCCCUCCCCCCGGCGCAUAGUCGUUCCAAAGAUAGAUGUUUCGACUUCACAAAGAUAUCCUGCGGCGCAACAGAUAGAGGCACAUAACAACGACCAUGCUGCACCAACCCACCUGCGGCCCGAAUAUCAGGGAAGGCUUCCAUCGACCAGUUCCCUUGCAAAGGGCCGAAGACGAGCCAGAGGAUUGAGUGUACAGUUUACGGACCGGCCGCCGAUUGUCAUCGGCGAGGGCGGCGAUGAGGCAGAGAUACCGCCUAUAGAAGUAGGCAGGGCCAAAGCCCGAGCACGCUCGGUAUCGCCGCCUCGUACCUCUGCCACCCAGGGGAACUCUGGCGGGCGAAUAUGGAAUAGGUCGCCGCUACCGUAUCUCCCACGCUCAGGAACCGCAUCGCCGCAGCAAGUUCCUCCGAGUCUUCAACGACCACCACCUCCACCAGCCCCUGGUACUCAGGAUUCGGGAGGUAUUCCUUCUCCUGGGCUCAAACGCGUGCAGACAGGUAUGAUUGGUGCUACUCCGUCCCCAAUAUCAGAGAGCAAGCAAGCCAUGGACAAAGAGUUCGAGAUGAGUAUGGGAAUAAGUUCAGCCCACACCAACACACCUUCGAGUACUGUCUCCACUGCCGAAGGACCAACCAUCCUCGCACCCAAGCCCAUUCGACCUCCCGUCGCUGUACCGAACGUCGCAGAGAUUCCGGAGCCACACGAGCUCAAGCGAGAGCACGGUACUAAGAGUCUCCGUAAUAAAUUCGUGGUCGGUGAGGGAGACGCACUUCGGUCAGCUCGCCAGGAUCAGUCACCAAUACAUCCACCAGGAGGGUCAGACGAAGACUUCUCUCCACCUCCAGGACCUCCACCUGGAAAGCAACCUUCUCGCCACGGGCCGCUUCCUCCCACUACGCAGUAUCAAGGUCAAGGGUUUGCGCCACCUCAACAUCCGCCCCCUGGCUGGCGUCAACCCGUUCAAGGCAAUCCCCAAUCCCAGCAUCCGCCUACCCAUCGACGUCCUCCAGACGAGGAAUUGUUCCCUCCUCCUGGUCCACCGCCAGAAAGGCGGCCUGUGGGAGCACCGUUUGCUCCACCACCUGCACCACCGGCGGGGCCGCCUCCUGCUCCCCCUCCGCCGACACGCAAUCCUGACGACGAUUAUAUGGGCUGGGUGGCCGACAAACCUCCCAAUGCACCGGCUCACUCCUUUCCAGGAGUCGACUCAGCAGGCAAGCUUGCGCCUUUUCCGGGGUUGGAUGAGGAUCAAGAGGCCAAACCAGAGAAGCACAAGAAGCGCUGGUUUCGACGCGGAUCAUGA